AUGGAAACCGCAAACCAGAUUUUGCCUGCUGGGACGUUCCAAGUGCUUAAAUUACCUCUUGGAUUUAUUCGCGUAUUAGAAUGGCUUUUUGCCAUUUUUGCAUUUGCAACAUGUGGAGGUUACUCUGGGCAGCUGCGGGUUAGUGUGGACUGUAUGAACAAGUUGGAGAGUAACCUCAGCAUUGGCAUCAACUUCGCCUACCCGUUCAGGUUGAACCAGGUUUCCUUUGAGGUUCCUUUGUGCGAGGGGAAAAGGAGGGAGCGUCUCUUUCUCGUAGGAGACUUCUCCUCCUCUGCUGAGUUCUUUGUGACCAUUGCCGUCUUUGCCUUCCUCUACUCCCUAAUGGCCACUGUGGUCUACAUCUUCUACCAGAACAAAUAUCGAGAGAACAACCGAGGACCUCUCAUUGACUUCAUCGUAACCGUGGUGUUCUCCUUCUUGUGGCUGGUCAGUUCGUCGGCCUGGGCAAAGGGUCUGUCUGACGUGAAGGUGGCAACGGACCCUGACGAGGUGGUCCUGCUGAUAUCUGCCUGCAAAGUGCAGAACAACAAGUGUGGCUCAGUUUAUGGACCCAGGUGGUCUGGACUCAACACGUCAGUGGUGUUUGGUUACUUAAACUUCGUGCUAUGGGCGGGUAAUAUUUGGUUCGUCUUCAAAGAAACUGGAUGGCAUAAAGGUGGUGCCCAGAGAUAUCCAGGUACCACCCCUGAAAAACCAGUGGCUGCCUUCAACCAGCAGCCCUACAACCAGGGUAGCUUUGACCAAUCAGGAGGAGGCUUCAGUGCUCAGGGUGACCUGGGACAGCAGUCAGAUUACAGCCAGGUGGGCAGCUAUGCCUCCAGUGGACCCACCUCCUUCUCCAAUCAAAUGUAA